AUGGGCAUGAUAAUCCCCGAGUGCUUUAGGCAGCUAGACAUCUGCAAAAGUGUUGUGGGCCUGGCCACAGGUGCCGGGGCCCUUUACCUAAUCUACAAGGUCAUCAAGGCCGGUAUAACAUGCCAGCCACCCCUUUGCUCUGGCUCACCUGUCUGCAUUGCUCGCUUGGCAAUUGAGCGAGAGCGGUAUGGACGGGAUUCCGGUGAGCUUCGGAGACUCUUCAACUCUUUGGAGUGCAAACAGGAUGAGUAUGCCAAGGCAAUGAUCCUGCACAGUAUCACGCGGUGUGUGUACUUACUGGAGGCUGAGGCCUCUGCUUGUACUCCGGAUGACAUCAGGGUGGUGGGCAACAUGUUGGAUGACAACGACAACAACGUCAAAAUCCAAGCCAUGAACACUCUUAAAGCUUUCUCUGGCAUCAGAAAAUUCAGACUCAAAAUCCAGGAAUACUCCAUCAAGGUGCUGGAACUGAUUUCCACCAUCUGGGACUCAGAGUUGCACAUUGCUGGCCUCAGACUCCUCAACAACCUCCCACUGCCUGACUUUGUACACCCUCAGCUGCGACGAGUGAUGCCCGCCUUGAUGGAGAUCCUGCAAUGUGACUACAUCUUGGCACAGGUGCAAGUCGUACGACUGCUGAGCUACCUGACACAGAAGAAUGACCUUCUCUAUGACAUUCUCAACUGCCAGGUACACGGCAACUUCCUGGACCUUUUCCAGUCCACACAGCCAGGGUGUCUGCUGUUCGAGGUGCUGGUGUUUACUGAGCGGCUGAGCGAGGGCCGGAACACACCCCACUACCGGGCUGUGAAGUGGCAGUACAACGAGCAGUCACUGCAUGAAGCUCUCUUUGGGGAUGAGUCACGGCUGGCGGAUAGGCUUCUCUCUCUGGUCAUCCAUCCUGAGGAAGAUGUACAGAUCCAGGCCUGCAAGGUCAUCGUCAGCCUGCAGUGCCCGGAGGACCUGAGAGUCCGGCCCUCCUACCAGACUAGUACAUUCUUCAUGAAUAGUAGGGAAUAAAAUUAAGGAGAGCCAAUAAAUGAGUAUGACAGAGA